UUUCACUUGGCAAAAUGGCUGUGAAUGGCAUGCUCGUGAAAGCUGACGACGUAGUCAUACCGAAACUUGAAAAAUUACUCGAAUUAGAUCCUUAUUUAUCAAGUCACCAGAGAGAGUUAAGAAGGAGGUAUGGCUGUUUUGAGCAGAUCUUGGCUUCAAUAGAGCAGAAUGAAGGUGGUUUAGAUGAAUUCACAGCUGGCUAUAAGACACAUGGCCUUCAUAGAAUGGAGGAUGGAGGAGUUAGAUGUAGGGAAUGGGCACCAGGAGCUGAAGCUGUGUAUCUUAAAGGAGAAUUCAAUGGUUGGUCCAGUACUGAGUAUCCUCUUAAGAACACUGGUUUUGGUAAAUGGGAAAUAACUCUACCCAUUAAACCUGAUGGUUCAUCUCCUAUACCUCAUAACACAAUUGUCAAGCUUGGAAUCAAAACAAAGUCUGGUGAGAUUGUGGACCGGAACCUAGCCUGGGCUAGUUAUGCAGUCCAGGACCCACAGACGUUCUUGUACCAGAGUGUAUUCUGGGAUCCACCUCAGGACCAGGUCUAUCAUACAAAGAACCCUAAACCUAAAUGGACCGGUCAGGGUCUAAGAAUCUAUGAAGCUCAUGUCGGUAUCUCAUCGUGGGAAGGGAAGGUGUCGUCAUAUGAUCAUUUCACUGAUAAUGUUCUACCAAGGAUUAAAAGUCAAGGUUACAAUGCUAUUCAAUUGAUGGCCGUUAUGGAACAUGCUUUUUAUGCUAGCUUUGGUUAUCAAGUUACUAGCUUCUUUGCUCCUUCAAGUCGCUAUGGUAACCCAGAGGGUUUGAAACGAUUGGUUGAUACCGCCCAUGGUAUGGGAAUCUAUGUAUUCUUAGAUGUUGUUCAUAGUCAUGCUGCUAAUAACGUAUUAGAUGGUCUGAAUAACUUUGAUGGUACUGAUAGCUGUUACUUUCAUUCUGGGACUAGAGGACGUCAUAUGUUAUGGGAUAGUAGACUCUUUGAUUAUAACAACUGGGAAGUACUGAGAUUCCUCCUCUCUAACCUUCGUUGGUGGGUUGAGCAGUUUAAUUUUGAUGGUUUUAGAUUUGAUGGUGUGAGUUCAAUGAUCUAUCAUCACCAUGGAAUCGGUACUGGUUUCAGUGGUGAUUACAGUGAUUAUUUUGGUCUUGCUGUGGACACUGAAGCAUUGACCUAUCUCACCUUAGCAAAUCACAUGCUCCAUAAGUACUACCCUGGCAUCGUCACAAUAGCUGAGGAAGUGUCUGGAAUGCCAGCGCUAUGUCGACCGGUUGAAGAAGGAGGUAAUGGUUUUGAUUUCAGAUUAGCCAUGGCUAUACCAGAUAAAUGGAUUAAGCUUCUGAAAGAAAGCAAAGAUGAAGACUGGAAUGUAGGUGAUAUUGUGUGGACAUUGAUCAACCGUCGCCAUGGUGAACGAACAAUAGCUUAUGCUGAGAGUCAUGAUCAAGCUCUUGUUGGUGAUAAGACGAUAGCAUUCUGGUUGAUGGAUAAAGAGAUGUAUACAAACAUGUCUGUCAUGUCGCCUCAGACAGACGUGAUUGACCGUGGCAUGGCGCUUCAUAAAUGUAUAAGACUUAUUACACAUGCUCUAGGAGGAGAGGCGUGGCUUAACUUCAUGGGCAAUGAGUUUGGUCAUCCUGAAUGGCUUGAUUUCCCUCGACCAGGUAAUAAUAAUAGUUAUCACUACGCUAGAAGACAAUGGAAUCUAAUUGAUGAUGAUCUACUCAGAUACAGGUUUCUUAAUAGCUUUGACAGAGCUAUGAAUCAUCUUGAUGACAAGUUUAAUUGGUUAGCUAGUCCACAGGCCUAUGUGAGCUGGAAGCAUGAAGAUGAUAAAGUAAUUGUCUUUGAACGAUCUCGAUUGCUAUUUAUCUUCAAUUUUCAUUGCUCUAAGAGUUUACCUGACUACAGGGUUGGUGUAGAUCUACCUGGAAAAUACAAGAUGGUAUUGAAUUCUGAUAGCUCAGAGUUUGGAGGUCACAAUAGACUUGACCCUUCUGCUGUACACUUUACCUCAACUGAUGGUUACGCUGGAAGAAGACACUCACUACAGGUGUACAUCCCAAGCAGGGUUUGUAUAGUACUUGCAUUGGAGGAAGAUAUCAUCAAACAUGGAUCUUAACCCACUUACUACUGCAACUCACUCAUUGUGUAUCAAGGAUUAUGGGCUUUACACAAAUCAGUAUUCAAGGGAUUAACACAAUAGUUGAUGUAAAGUUAUGUGUAGAGAUUUAGUGUUAAUCAAGCUGUGUAACAAUUCUACACUUAACUGUCUAUCGCUAUAAUGAGGCUAUGUGCUUUAUAUUUGUCCGUGUUGAAUGGAUUCACACCCUGGGUAAAGGUGUAGGUGUUAAAUAUUGCCUAUAAUAUUGGGUCUAGAGAAUUUAUUCAAUAUUCAUGCAUGUAGUGUACAUAAGAGAAAAAUAUUAUAUCAUAUUAUUGGGACCAUGAUUGUCAAAUGAUACAGGAAUAGACCACUAAAUUAUAAACCAAAGCUAAGCAUAAACCUGAUUGCUAGGCCUAAUUGCUGUUGAUCGUUGUGGAAUAGAAUCUGGUUUUCAAUAAUCCUUGUUUUCUAUGAACAAAUAUGAAACAAUUCUUCCAGUUACAUGUACAUGUAUAUUACAUAAAGAAAUUGCUUUGAAGUGAAUUAUCAACUUGCUCAUUUCUUAUUGUUAAGAAAAACUAUGAAAUAUUAUUCACAUUGAAUGUAUUAUUAAUCAUGUACUUCAUAUCUCCGAGUUAUACAAUUUUUUAGAUGCAUUUUGAAUAUUCAGUUUAUAUUAUUUACAGUGUCUUUAGAGUGAUUUUUAAAGUAAAGUCUGUUUUACUCUUGUGUGAAUCAAGACCUCCAUAUUUAGAGUGCUCUUAGAAGUUCACAUUGUUAUUCAUUUCUCUUAACUCUAUUUUAACUGGGCUAUUUCAGAUCUUGGCCGUUGAUUGCGUGAUCGCCGCGAAAAUUUGCACCCGCGUAGACCCAGAUGUAAACUACAAGACUGUUUAUAGGCGAAUAAAGUGUAUAAAAUUGGCCCUAAAUAUUUGUAUAUGCUUUUUCCUUUAAGUCACUUUAUAUAGCUAGUAGAAUGCUAACUUUUGGUGAGAGUAUAAAUUUUUUCCUUUGCUACGUAAUAUCUACAAAAACAAUUGCCAAAAUAUGAUUAAUUCUCAUGUAUUUUAUUGUUUUUUAAAUUGUUAUUUCUUUGUUUUUUUAAAUCUUUAUUUUUUUAUUGUUUUCUUCUGUUGAAGUUUGUCGGGGACCCUUUUGCGAUCAUGAAUAAUAUAAAAUAGAUCCAUUUACACCAACAAAAGUAAAAAAUAAUCAUACAUUUAUGAUUUUUGUUGAAAAAUUCAAUUUACAUUGACUUUGUACA